CGAACAAGUGAACACAGUCGAGAAAGGUGAAGGUUUGACUUCCUAGAUUUUCUGCAUGAUGGAGGAAAACGGCGCGGAAAUUUCAACUGUUGAAAUGCACACUGGAGGUGAACCACUGAGGAUAAUCUGCUCUGGAUACCCUGAGAUUAAAGGAGACACGAUUCUCGCUAAGAGACGCUAUGUUCGCGAACACCUUGAUCACAUUCGCAAGCUGGCAAUGUUUGAACCUCGAGGACAUUACAAUAUGUACGGCGCUGUGAUCGUCCAACCGCACAGUGAAAUGGCCGACCUAGGGGUGAUUUUCAUGCACAACGAAGGCUAUAGCACUAUGUGUGGCCACGCUGUCAUUGCACUCGGUAGAUACGCUGUCGACUCGGGUCUUCUCAGCACAGAUGUCUCGCGUUCGAGUGUCGGCGAAGUGCCGGUGUUUAUAGAAUGUCCUUGUGGCGUGGUGAAGGCUUUGGUAGAUAUAGAAGAAGGAAAAUCGGGCCGUGUUCGCUUCAUUUCCGUCCCAGCCUUUGCGUUUGGGAUCGAUUUGGAGGUCACCACCGAAAGAUUUGGAAAAGUAAAAGUCGACAUCGGAUUUGGGGGAGCUUUUUACGCCAUUGUCCCAGAAGAUCGGUUGGGUGUCGAUGUUCGUUCUUCCCCUGUGAACGAGGUUAUAGACGCUGCAAAUGUGAUUUCCAACGCCGUAAAAAGUCAAAUUAGGCUUCACCACCCUGACAGCGAAGACCUAGCGUUUCUAUACGGAACAAUCGUCACUGAUGGAAGAGAUAUGUACCAUGGAGACUCACAAGAAUCUACAGCUAACGUUUGUGUUUUUGCAGACAGCCAGGUAUGCCUACUUAUUAAGAUUCGAGUGAUUAUCCUUUAAUUUAAAGUUUUUCCCUCGACUUCUUUUCUGAAGUUCUCACAGAGGGAACUUCAUUGAGGAAAUGUGGUUUUUAUGACGAUUUUAUUUUGUUUUGUGAUCUGAUUUUCGUGUUUAAAAUACGGAGUCAGGACACCGUGACAUUUAAAUUUUCGCGGAAUAAUUGUUUGCUCUUUUGCAGCUCGCCCGCAAGUUUUUACUCCUGGGAAUCGAGAUACUUGAACUAAUUUAAAUAUAAUUUCCUCGUUUACUUUCGAAAACCGAAACAAAAUCAAAAUAAAGAGAAAAAUAGAGCAUCGAGUUUUGAGGGCGAAAUUUGAAUAUUGAAAUUGUAUAUUUUCGUCAAGAUGAUUCCGUCUUAGUUUGUUUUUAAAAACGUUUUAAACAAUAAAACCAGCGGAAACGUGUUUGCACGAGGAAACUUAGUUUUUUACUUAUUUUAUCUCGCAUUUGAAGAAAACGAAAAUGGUUUAAAAGGCAGGUGAUUUUGUUCCCUACAUGUACAAUCAACAAUUUGUGCCAUUUAGCUUCAUUUCUUUGCGGGAAGUCACUCCCACCUUAUCUAAGUGAUUUGAUUAUCGAAGCUUUUGUUGACAGGUGAACAUUUUGAAAGGAAAAGGAAAUAACUGAUCUUGAAAAUAUCACUUUGUCGAACCAAUGAAAAAGUAGAAUCAAAAUAUUUUGUUUGAUUUUAAGUCUAAGCAGGUGAUAUUCUGUUAAAAAUCACUUAGAGAAGAAAAAUCUAAGGUUAGUGUCGUACAUAAAAUUUGAUAGAUGUACCAUUUAUGGUUAGAGCAUAAACCACUUUUUCCUUAUCUCCAUAUUUAAUUCAAGUCAUUAUCAGUAAAUUAUUUUUCCUGUCUAUGAAAAGAUUCUAAUGAGUCAUUUACUUGUGUUAUUUCAAGAGAAUAAAAAGGCAACAAUUAUGAUUUUCAUGAAAUAUUAAUGAAUCACAUUGAAAUGUUGAAGAUGUAUAUGGCUUACAAGGCGAUGUAACAUGAAGUGACAAUGAAUUUUUUUAGAAAAUCUCCAGAUUCCUGUUCAAUUCUAACUACAUUAUAUGUUCAACGUAACUAAUAUUAAAAACCCUUACUUUCAAAAUGAGGCUAAAAGCAAAAGCUAUUUUCUCCUGAUGAUAAUAAGUUUUAUUUGCAUGAGAAUAAAAAAAACAUUUGCAGUGGCAUCAUGCACAGCCUUGCUUUGAAACAGAGGCUUGGGGCAGUUACAGAGAAUAUCCUUACUCCCUCCUCUCAUGGUAAGUCAUUAAAAAUUCUGUUAAAGGGGGGGGGGUAUUGGGGGUAUUUAAAUCCAUAUCACUGCUAAUGGGGGGGGACUCGACUAGCCUGUGUAAACACCCCCCCCCCCCCCAGGGAAAGUCCUAGAAGGGCACCCCUUCCCUUUUUCCUGAGGGGGGGGGGGGUCUGUACACAGGCUAGGACUGGACUCGCUCCUGAAUGAGGAAGUUACUGACAUAUAAACCAGGGUUGCCUCAAAAACAGCAUCAUUAAUAAUAAGAUUUUGUUAACACCAGAUUCAGAACAUUAAACAACAACAACAACUACAACAAAAACAAAAUAAAUAUGAUGACCACAACAUUACCGUCAAAGAACAGCGUCUUUUCAAACAUCAAUAAGGUUAUGGGCAUUCAACAGCUGAAUAUUCUAUGAUUUCUAGACACAGGGGUACUUACACACUGAAAUUACUGAAAAUGGAACAAAUCCAAAUGUGGAUCAUGUUGUUAUUACUUAUGGGUCAUGAUUAGCAGAUUUUGACAUUGUCAGUGUUUGCAAAUACACUAUAAAAUGACACAAAGGAUAAAAUGUUAGCUCCUGCCUAGUCUACAGGGCAUUGAAGGGUGGUAGAUGUAUGUGGUCCUAACAUGAAGAACAUCAAGGGUUGCAGAAACAUAUAUAGUGUUUAACAUUUUUAUCUCGGAAGCAUUUGCAAAAGCCUCCAAAGUCAGGAUUUUGAGUCUUGUCUUUUCUGUCCAGGGGCCGGCUGUUUCUUGGAUAUAUACAAUAUACGACCUGCAUUAAUGUUUUGUUUGUAAAAAGGAUUAUUUUUUAUGGCACAGAUUUCUCAAUGAAUUAACUUUAUUUGCUAGGUUGAUCGGUGUCCCACUGGGUCGGGAGUAACAGCUCGUAUCGCUGUGCAGUAUGCUCGUCAACAGAUUGGUCUGCAUCAGAUCCGUGUGUUUGAACAGGGGUUAGUUGGAUCAAAGUUCACUGGCCAAGCUGUUAAGGAAACCAAAUGUGGGGAUUUUGAUGCUGUUCAUGUGGAGGUGGCAGGUAAUGCAUACUACACUGGAAAAUGCAGCUUCACUGUGGAAAAGGAUGAUCCUUUCAAGGAAGGAUUUCUACUUAAAUAAAAAUUCUUUGAGUUUUUACUGUAAAAUUCCGAAAAUAAGCCCUGGGGCUUACAUUUUUCAAAGGCCCUUUUUGAGGGGCUUAUUUUUGGAGGGGCUUAUGUUCGGAGGGACUUAUCCACAGAGGGAAAGUUGCGUUUUAACGUCGAUUGGGCUAGUCUUAUAGUUCGAAAGAAAUUUACUGUUUUGCUUUGUUUUUUACUUUGUAUUUGAGGGAAAUUUCCAAGUACAUAAAAGCCCCUGCGGGGGGCUUACAUUUUUGAGGGGCGCUUUAACGGAGGGUUUUUUGUGUUACGAGUUUGAGGGGCUUAUAUUUGGAGGGGCUUAUACAUGGGGGGGGCUUAUUUUCAGAAUUUUACAGUAUUUGACAGAACUAUUGAGACAAUAAUAAACAGAUAAACAAAGUGAAAAGGUAAAAUUUAAGAGACAUCCUUGAGAAGGGCUAUGUAGGUUAGUUUACGUUCCAACCUGGAAUAUAACAAAUUAAUGUCAUUAUGGAUGGAUUUAAUAAUAUGAAAAUAUUAGUAUUAUUAUUAUUUCCGCAGAGAAUAUGUUUGAGAUGAUUAAACUAGGAACUAUUAUAAUUUAACACACCUUUCAUUCUAUAGCAGCUUUCUUGAAGUAUGGGACAUUUUCAUUUGCAUGAUGGUUUAUUCCUUCACAAUUUGUUUACAAGAUACUAGUGAUUAUAACUAUGAUUCCUGAAGUUGUAGGCAUUAACAAUGUUUGAAUGCCCAAUUAAUUAGAAGCAAUAAAUAUUUCAAUAUAUCAAUCAACUAUUAUUAAUACAGAAAUUACAAUAAUUGUGAGUUACCUGGUGUAAUUACAUUUCUCCUAAUAAUUAAUUAAUGAUAAUAUUUAAAUAUUCUGAAAUCACUAAAAUAUUUUAUAACAUAUUUACUGCAUUUUAAGUGUACAGCCAUCUUGACCUGAUGCUUGGUCAAUCACACCUUUUUUACAAGUUGGUUUUUCUGUUUUUUUGUUUUUCUUUUUUGUAAUAUUUACAACCAGUAUUAAAAUAAUUAUAAGGAAUGAAGAGCUUUAUUGUGUUUGGUUCUGUAAUGUGUACAGCUGUAUCAGUCCAAACUGCUCAUAAAACUUGAAUGACGUACAGUUGCACGUAUGAUUAAUUUUCUUAGUGAGUUAGAAUCAAGUUUCUGUUGUAUCUCCAUCGUUAUUACUUAAUAUAUGUCAUUAGAAAAGAAAUUACAGUUUUUGUCAAUAGGGACCACUAGGAGAAUGGAAUCUAAUUAUUAUUAUUAUAUGUUAGGUCAAAAGAGUAAAAUAAUAAAUUAUGUACUGCUAUGCAGUGAGACGCUAAGGG